AUGACAUUCACUCCAACCUCUCAUCAGCACCAUCAUCCACAAACAUCAGUUGAUAUCAUCAACAUUUCUACUGAUUUUGGACCAACAACUCCUCCAUCUGCCUCUCCAGCGAGUGAACAGCAACUUUCAACCUUUAUGAUUGAGGUUCGAAAUCGCUUAGCUCGUCUGGAAACCGCCCAUGUCGAAAUUGAGCGGUUAAAAACAGCCCUGGCAGAGUCUGAAGCUGCUCGUCACGCUCUCGAAGCCCAACUUGCAGCUGCUACUGGUACUACAACUAGCCUGGCUCCCAAACCAUCAUCAUCCCACCCACCUCCUGCCACUACUACCACCACAACAGCACCAACAUCAACUACAUGCACCAAUGCUACCUCUGCCACCUCUUCGUCUCCAGGAAAUCAACCAUCUUUUGCUGCCGUCGUUGCAUCUAAUACAGGUGCAAAGCGUAAGAAGAAGCCUGCUGCUCGUCCUCCUCCUCCAUCUGCCACCAAGGCAUCCGCUACUCUUGCUCGUCUUUUUGCUCCUCAAAGUGAUAUACCAUCUGGUUAUCAAUUUGUGUACUAUGCUACUCCUGUCCGCCGUCGUCUUUCUGAGCUGCGUCGCCUUGUUCAAGGCGUAGGAUUGAAUAACUCUCGUGUGCUGGAUAUUCAAUAUCCUGUACAGAAUGUGAUUUCUUUCCUUGUUCACAACGACUAUGUUCUCACCCUCACCAAAGCCAUGCAUCUCCAUGUCAAUCUCAAAGAUCCCAAAUUUGCUUCUCUCUCUCGUGAUCUGCGUGUCCAAAAGGCCAUUGAGGUCGAAAACCUUCGCUGCCUUCGUUCGCUGUCUUUUGUCCGUCGCUCUGUCCGUGUUUCUGUUGCUCGUUCUUUUCUUUUGUAUGAUCGCAUCAACCAAGCCCAAUUUGAUGCCAUUUUGAAAGAAGAAAUGCUUGCUCGUUCCUCCUCCUCUGCUGCUGCUAAACCACCAUCCCGAUCCUCUGAUCAAGAGCGUUUAGCCAAGAAACAACGUUUGAGUUAUCUUGGCUACCUCUUGCAUCAUGAUGCUGAAACUGCCUCUCUUUUGGCUUAUGCUGUCUCCCCCACUCUCUCUGCUACCAAGGAUCUUGAAAUGUCAGAGCCUUCUGAAACUGAUUGA